GGGCAUUGGUCAACAUGGUCAUAAAAGACUCUCAGCCAUUUUCAUUGGUUGAGGAUGAGGGUUUCAGGGGCCUCAUCCAUGCCCUUGAUCCUUCCUAUAUAAUCCCAAACAGACAGGCUUUAAAGAAAAUGGUGGCUUUAAAAUAUGAAGAAGCAAAGAGGAAAGCCAAGGCUGAGAUGGAAAAAGCAACUGCUGUGUCUCUAACAUCAGAUAUGUGGACUUCUAUCAACACAGAUGCAUAUCUUGCAAUAACCUGCCAUUACAUUGAUGACAGUGAUAAGAUGAAUACAGUGUUGUUGGAUGUUGAGAAGUUCCCAGACAGACACACAGCGGAAAAUAUGGCCCUGGUGAAAAAGAAUGUCAUGAUGGAGUGGGCAAUCAAGGACAAGGUGAAGUGUCUUGUCACAGAUGCGGCAGCAAACAUGAUUGCUUGUGCAAAAAUUCUGCAAGUGAGACAUUCAGUUUGCAUUGCACAUGCACUUAACACCAUGGUUAAAAAGUCUUUUGAUCAGGUACCAGCUCUGUGUGACAUUCGAAACAAAGCUAAAAAAGUGGUCACCUAUUUUCGAAGCAGCACCUCUGCUAAAGAAAUGUUGACCCAGGUGCAGAAAGAGAUGAACAGGCCAGCUCGUAAACUAGUGAAUGAUGUGGAAACACGCUGGAACAGCACUUUACACAUGCUUCAACGGUUGCAUGAGGAAAGGCAAACUGUGGGAGCAUCCCUUGCAUCACUUAAAACUGAUUUAGCUCCACUUCAUGCACAGGACUAUGAAGCCAUACAGCAAAUUCUGUGUGUUCUUGCCCCAUUCCACCAAGCCACAGUAGAGCUGUCCGAGGAAAAACGAGUGUCUGGCUCCAAAGUAAUUCCUUUGCUAAAAAUGAUUCACCAUUCAUUACUGGGUGAACAAAACAGGUAUUGAUUUUUAUUUAUGUACAUUAACAAAUGUAAUAAAUGUUUUGAUGCCUUUUUUAUUCAUUUUUAAUGUUUUAUUUUUGUAUUUCAGUAAAUCAUUGUAUAUUUCAUAGGUUAACAUUGGCCAUUGCAAAGGAAUUAACAGACAACCUCAUCAGGCGUCUGAGGGAACAUAUCUGGA